CCUACUUCCGCAAACACAAACACGCACCCCCCCUCACUCACACACACACACGCAGCUUCCCGUCCGUGCUGCUGUCUGUGUGUUCUCUCUGUCUGUGUCUCUGUGUCUCUGUGUCUCUCUCCUCUCUGUCUCUGUCUCUCUAUCUCUCCUCUUCAUGUCUGUGUGAUCCACGUCAUGACGGAGCCUCCGGGUCUGGAGACGCAGCGGCGGGAGGUCGCGUCGCUGCUGCGGCAGAGCGAACUGCGCGCUGGCGACAGUUGGUACGUGAUGGAGCGUCGCUGGUAUGAACAGUGGAAGGAGUUUGUGGAGACCGGAGACCAGAACUCGUCUUCCUUCCCCGGUCAGAUCGACAACGCUGAGCUGUUUGAGGAUCUGGACUCGUACCACCUGAAGGAGCGUCUGGUGGAGAACGAGGACUUCAUGUUGGUGCCGGCCGAGGCCUGGCACAGGCUGCUGGACUGGUACGGCAUGGUGGACGGGCAGCCGCCGCUGGAACGCAAGGUGGUGGACCUGCCCAGCACUCUGAAGGUGGAGGUUUACCCCGUCGAGAUCUUCCUCUGUCUCCAUAGCAACAUGGAGAACGUCAUAACGGCACAGUUCAGCCGCGCCGACAGCAUACACUCGAUCCAGAGGGCGAUGUGCGAUGCCUUCACGGUGCCUCCGGGAUCAGAGUGCCGUCUGUGGAUGAAGAGUUCGGACAGCAGCUGCGAGCGCCUCAGGAACGUCCACGUGAGCGUGUUGGACGCCUGUCUGAGCUCCGGGAUGACGGUGAUCAUGGAGACGAGGAAUGCCGACGGUACCUGGCCGAGCUCCAGACCUCAGAUCAUGAGGAACUCUGUGGAGGAUCAGGACUCGUAUCGAGGACAGCCGGGAGUCUGUGGCCUCACCAACCUGGGCAACACAUGCUUCAUGAACUCUGCUCUGCAGUGUCUGAGCAACACUCCUCCUCUGACGGAGUACUUCCUGCUGAGCUCCUACCUGGAGGAGCUGAACUUCACCAACCCUCUGGGCAUGAAGGGCGAGAUCGCCGAGGCCUACGCCGACGUCAUCAAGCAGAUGUGGUCCGGGAGGCAUUUCUCCGUGGUGCCGCGCGUCUUCAAGACGAAGGUGGGUCACUUUGCGUCUCAGUUUCUGGGGUACCAGCAACACGACAGUCAGGAGCUGCUUUCCUUCCUGCUGGACGGACUGCACGAAGACCUGAACCGGGUCAAAAACAAAGAGUACAUCGAACUCCGGGACGCCGAGGGACGACCGGACCAGGAAGUGGCCGAGGAGGCGUGGCGUAACCACCGGCGGCGGAAUGACUCGGUGAUCGUCGACACGUUUCACGGCCUCUUCAAGUCCACGCUCGUGUGUCCGGAGUGCCACAAGGUCUCCGUGACCUUCGACCCCUUCUGCUACCUGAGCGUCCCACUUCCUGUCAGCAAGGAGCGCGUCAUGGAGGUCUUCUUCGUGUCUCUGGACCCCUACGCCAAACCUGCACAGCAUCGUGUCGUGGUUCCUAAAGCAGGAAAAGUUUCUGACCUCUGCUCUGCUCUGUCAGAGAUGACCGACGUACCUCCAACACAGAUGGUGGUAGCUGACGUGUUUAACCACCGUUUCUAUAAGAUCUACAACGCUGAUGAAUGUCUGAGCUGCAUUCUGGACCGAGACGACAUCUUUGUGUACGAGCUGAGUGUGCUGGAGGAGCAGCAGGAGGAGCAGGUGCUGCUGGCGCUCUACCUGAGGGAGCGCUCCCACUACAGAGACUACGGCUCCGGCAGCAGCUCCUACGGGACGUCGCUGUUCGGACACCCGCUGCUGCUCAGCGUACCGCGCAGCUGCUGCAGCCGGGAGGCGCUAUACAAGCUGUUCCUGCAGAGACUAGCGCGCUACGUGCGACCUCCCGAUCCCUCUGAGGAGUUGGAGGAAGAGGAAGAGGAGGAAGAUGAGGAGGAAGAGGAGCUGUACAAGACUCAGACCAACGGCAUCAGUGACGAGGAGGAGCAGGAGGACGGGGAGAAAGCCGGGCCGUCUCAAACACAACCCUGCAGCGGCGAUUCGUCAGCAAACGGCCAAUCAGAAGAGACCGCUACCGCCGAACGCCGCCCCAACGUCAACCACACGCAGCCCUCAUUGGACGACGGCGACACGGAGACCACUGACGCAGCAGAGAACCAGACUGAACCCGUCUGCAGCGCCGGUGCCAACACCACCAACGCCGACGUAGUCAACCCCGGCGGGGACUCGAGCAGCAACACCGCCACCGCCGCAGAACCACCGCCACCAGCAGAGCAACCGCAUCCGCCACGCGAGACCACAGAAGAAGAAAAAGAAGAAGACAAGCAGGAGGAGGCGUGUUCUCCGAGCCUGCCAGCCAAUGAGCAGCCGGCGAAGAGGAAGGCGUGUCGCAAGAGGAGGAAGAGUCUGUUCACCAUACAGGCGGUGAACUCCAACGGGACGACGGAGAGAGGGACGGGGGAGGGGGGGAGCGCCGUGUCCUUCAGCUCUCAGCCCUAUGUGGCCAUCGACUGGGACCCUGAGAUGAAGAAGAGAUUCUACAAUGAGAACGAGGCCGAGAAGUACGUGAAACACGGCAGCAUGGAGGUUCCUCAGCAGCAGACCACGGUCCAGCUGCAGGAGUGCAUCGAGCUGUUCACCACCGUGGAAACGCUGGAGGAGGAGAACCCAUGGUACUGUCCGGUGUGUAAGAAGCACCAGUUGGCCACUAAGAAGCUGGACCUCUGGUCUCUGCCGGAGGUCCUGAUCAUCCACCUGAAGAGGUUCUCCUACACCAAGUUCACCAGAGAGAAGCUGGACAGCAUCGUGGACUUCCCCCUCAGAGACCUGGACUUCUCCGGCUGCCUCCUGAAGAAGAGUCUGUCCAAUGGGGAGCCUCCGAGCCGCUAUGACCUCAUCGCUGUGUCCAAUCACUACGGAGGGCUCAGAGACGGCCACUACACCAGCUAUGCGUGGAACAAGGACAACGGUCAGUGGUACUACUUUGACGACAGCAAGGUGACGUACGCCAGAGAGGACCAGAUCGUGACCAACGCCGCCUACGUCUUGUUCUACCAUCGACGAGACAAGAUCAGAAAGCCGACCCUGCCGGCGCCGACCUCCGGCCCCGCCGCGUCCUCCGCCAGCCAGACCGCCAACGACAUCACUUCCUGCAAGGAUGACGACGCAGACGCAGAGCUGGGCGCCACCGCCUCCGCCUCCUACGUUACCAUGGAGACGGACUAAAAAAAAAAAAUCACCUGAGAUUUAGUUUAACAGUUAAUGCUUUUUUUUUUUUUUUUUUUUUCUCUUCUUCAUGAGAUCAACGGGCCUGUUUUUAUGUCAUUUUAUUUUUUUUCUUCGUAUUUUCCAAAAACCUUCUCUGAUUACUUCUUCUCCCCGAGUGACGCAGAAAACGUCUCAGAUCUCUAAAAGAUGAAAACAUGAGAAAACACGGUAGUUUGAUUCUCAGGUAGUUUGAGUCCGGACUGACCGUUAAUCUUUAUAGAUGAUCAGAACUCAGCAAAAUAAAUCUAAUCAAUUAUUCAUUCAAAAAGAACUAUACUUGAUUUAUUCAGGCAUUUAAAAAUGAUGCAUUCUACAAUUAAAAGUAAAAAAAAAAACAUUAAGAUAAUUCAAUGUGUCAAUUUUGUCUUUAAAUGAUGAAUUAAUAAUUUAGAUUUUAAAAUGAAAAAUGUAUAUUAUUCAUUCAUCAUUUAAAGACGGAGCAAAAUGAGUUUUAUAAUGCAUCAUUAAAAUGUAAUAAAGGAUAUAAAAAACA